AUGAAAACCACCAACUGCAGUGUCAGCUCGGCCCCAGCCGUCAGCAGCAGCAGCACAGAUUCGCUAGCCACAGGCCAGAUGGCUGCAGAUGCUGAGAGUCAGACACAGACCUCUCGCCUGAUCCUAGACAUCAUUUUUGAGUAUGCACUCAACAAAUUCGACGAUUCACGGGAGCGGCUGGAGGGUGGGAGCACACGCUUUCUGGCCGUCAUCGCCAGAUUUGUUGCUGCGGGAACCAGGGUCGAGGCUUGUCUUCCCGCAUUCCCGUUCAAGUCUGCAAACAGGGUCUACAAGGUUCUCGGGACGCUUCCAGAUAAGGCGGAGGAGCUGGCGCUGGAACGGCUCAACGACAUGUGCCGGCGCAUCCAAGAGGUGUAUCCACCCGGAGCUCGUGUAACCAUUAUUUCUGACGGCAUCACUUACAACGAUCUUUUAUCCAUAUCUGACCGAGAUACCUGGGCUUAUGGUCGAUCUCUGCGCGAGCUGGCCUCCAAGAGAAACUUCGACAAUGUUGCCUUCUCCAGAAUCAAGGAUCUUUUGGAUUUGCCGCUUCCAGAGACGCUAACGGAAAUCAUGUAUAUUGCAAACUGCACAUCCUUCAGGCGAGAGCUGCUCAACAAAUACGGUAAAGAUGAUCUCGACAUCGACUCUGAGAUCGCAAACAACCCCGAUACCAAGCUGACAUAUCUCGGAUACAAAAGAUUCCUAGAGUCUGAUCUCAAGUACAUAUUUCCCCAAGGACCGGAACGUGGAGCCAAUGAGUACAAGCGGGACUGCAAGUAUAUUGCUAAGCAGAUGCUAAUCAGAGGCUACGCUUUCGCCCAAGCGAUAAAGCACAACUACCCAGAUCACCUGCGCCUUUCCAUACACGAGUCGGUGGCGGGCCUGAAGCUUUCGAUAUGUCUGCUCAAUACCAAAACCGGUUUUACAACCCCGUGGCACUGCAGCGUGGCUCAGCUGACAGACGGAGAAUGGGUCAGUGCGCCGAUGGGCGAGUUUACCAAGGAUGAGAGAAUGGAGCUUGUUGUUGAAGACGGACGGCCCGUGUAUUUUCGCCAGAAGCCCUCGAAUGAUGAUGAGAGUCCGACAGUAAAUUACCUGCAGGAGGCGAAACAGAUUAACAUGAGCGACUAUCUCAGCUCAGCGUCCACAUCAAGGACUGUCUCGCCUAGAGUCCCAUCGCCGAAGAACUUUGAGACCUUUUCACCGAGGGAAGAUGCCAUGAGUACUAGGGCGAGUACACCAGAGACGAAUAGCCCGGUCACUUUGGCCACGGCAGACAUUCUGAUUGACAGUGCCAACGAGAAUGAGGUCUCUCCCCAGGCAGAGAAGAGUAAGGGAGUGGAUGGAUCAUACGGUAGACGGCUCAUUCCUCAGAUCAUGGACAGCUUGGCGGCAAGAGAUCCCGGGCGGAUUGUCUUUUCCCUCACUACAACGAGAGAUGGAUCGCUUGGACGUCUUGAUGUAUCUGCAAAGACAUUCACACAAGCAGUGGACAGGCUUGCUUGGUGGAUCAAAAGCCAGGUCGGCACCAGCUCAUCGAUUAAGCCUGUGGGAUACAUUGGGCCACACGAUCUUCGACAUGUAUUGUUGACAUAUGCAUCCGUCAAAGCCGGAUACUCUGCCUUAUUUCUAUCGCCAAAGAAUAGCACCGAAGGAGCCUUGGCGGUUCUCGACGCCACCAGAUGCGAUAUAUGGGCUAAUGCUGGCGAAGUGCCUCUCAUCCCUCUCGUGAAGGAAUUGUUGGAAAAGCGACCUAUGCAGCUUUUGGAGCUUCCCCUGCUGGACGACUUGCUGAGUGACAAGCCGACAGACCCAUUUCCCUACACCAAGACAUUCGAAGAGGCCAAAGAUGAGCCGUUUUGUUAUCUCCACACGUCGGGCACAACCGGUGUCCCGAAGCCUAUUCCUUGGUCUCAUGGCCUGAUUGGCACUAUGGAUGCAGUGAGAUUGCUGCCGCCAGUAGAAGGUGACCAGGGGCUGCUCCCGUGGACUGCAGACUGGAAAGCGGGCGACAAGAUUUAUUCCAGCUUUCCAAUGAGUCAUGGGGCUGGGAUCAUCAUGGAUAUCAUGAUGCCGGCACUAUUCGACCUGCAGUGCGUCUUGGGUCCGGUAGGAGUGUUACCCAACAUCAAUCUUAUCGAGAAUCUGGCAGAGAACAUGGACAUUGACAUCUGGAGCAUGGUUCCCUCCUUGGUUGAUGAAUUGGGCGAAACGCCAGAAGUACUCGCCAAGCUGCGAAAAUCCAAGUUCAUCUGUGCCUCUGGGGGGCCUGUGAGCCCAACGAGCGCCGGAAAGGUAAAUGAUGUUAUCCGGGUGCUUAAUCUUACUGGAACAACGGAAGGCUUGUUUAUCGGUAAUUUGGUGGUCCCGAGAGAAGAUUGGUACUGGUUUUGCUUCCAUCCUUACUCGGGCUUUGAGUUUAAAGAAGUGGAAGAGGGCACAUACGAGCAUUGGGUGCACCGCAACGAGCACUGGCCACUUUUUCAGGGAAUAUUCCAGACUUUUCCUGAGAAAGACUCUAUCAACUUUAAGGAUCUCUACAGAAGACAUCCAUCCAAGCCAUAUCUCUGGGCGUUCAAGGGUAGAAGCGAUGAUCUCGUCGUGUUGUCCAAUGGAUACAAGAUAUCGCCGCUAGAGACCGAGGCUUCUAUAACAACGCACCCGGCAAUCAUGGGCUGCCUUAUAUUUGGUACUGGAAAGCCACAGGCGGGGCUGUUGAUUGAGUUGAAGGAUGGCUACGAGAAGACAGACGAGCUUCUUGAUAGCAUUUGGGAUGCCGUCAAGCAGGCAAACUCACAAUCGAGACACAAGGAUCAGCUGCUCAGAGAUUUUGUCACCUUCUCUGAACCCGACAAGCCAUUCGUCCGUACCGACAAGGGAACAAUCAAGCGCCCAGCCACGCUGGCACUAUACGGAGAUUAUAUUGACCGCUUCUACGGCUCUCGAAGCGACGAGACGACCAGCUCUAUCUCUAUUGACACCACUUCUGCUGAUGCAAUUCAAAGUGGCCUUAAAACUAUCUUUUCUUCAGUGCUGCCUGAAAUUGAUCACGCCUCACAAAUUGCCAACUUUUUCGAUCUUGGCUUGGACUCGCUUGGAGUGUUUUCAGUUGUCAAGUCCAUCCGAGCUGCAACCGGCCUAGACGAGCAUCUUGCCCCACGCCACAUCUAUGCCAAUCCCAGUCUGGCGAGUCUUUCUAUUGCCAUCAAACGUUUGGCGGCGACUGUCAAAGCUGAGUUGACAAAGGAUGCUGCUGCAGAGGAAGACGAGGUCGUGGUAAAAAUCGCUCAAGAGGCGGCACAGCACAAAGCUCGCCUGUCGUUCCCCUUGAAUGCGCUCGACUAUGUCAAUCCAAACCAUGGCAUGGGUCUCAUGUUCUACUUUUCACUGCACGACGGAAUUGCAUUUCAAGAUGUCUUCGAUAACCUUCAGCAAGGCCUCAACCGGACCUUUGACAUGAUACCCGCACUUGGCGGUAAGAUGAUGAAGCGCUCAGAUCAGGAAAUCGGCUACAUCAAGGACGACCUAUGCGUUACUAUCCCCCCACUAUCAAUGGCUGCAACUGCGCAUAAUCGGCUUGUAUACAAGAAUCUUUCCGAUGUCCUCCCGGCUUUCGAUGUGCUGAGAGAUGCAGGCUUUGCAACCUCACUGUUCUCUGAUAGUCUCGUUUUGAGAGAUGAUCCCUUUCCAGCCUUCCCUGCAGAUAUUUUCGUUGGGCAAGUCAAUUUUGUCAAGGGCGGAUGUAUCAUCGCUGCCGAUCUUAAUCACUGCUGCCUCGAUGGCGUUGGCGCUGUCAUAGCGAUAAAGGCAUGGGCAGAGAAUUGUAGAUACCUGCAAGGAGAUGCUUCGGCUACGUGUCAGUGGUAUGACCCCGAGAGCUUCAACCACAGCCUGCCAGAGAUCGUUCACAAGCAGGAAGGAUGGCCCAGUUCAAUGGACGAAGUUGAUCCAGCGGCAUGGGACGUUUUACCAUUCUUUCCGCCGAGCAAUAACCAGCAAGCGAAGGCUACAGCUCCUCAGCCCGAAAUCCACCCUCGAUACGGAUUUCCUCUACACAAUGUCUGGCCCUUGCCUCGUGCUGAGCGGUGCAUGACCACCACCAUGUUCCUCAUCAGUGCUGACAAGCUCGAGAAAAUGAAAGAGAGUGUGGCGUCCGAUAAAUCUGUCCCGGGAAUAUAUCUGUCAAUGAGCGACAUUCUCCAGGCCUUUUUCUGGCGAGCCGCCACCAGGGCACGUUAUCGUGUUGCGAAGGAGAUCCGGAAACAAGGUUUCAAUUCUGAGGCAAAGUCCAUACUGGAACUCCCCACAGACGGUCGGCCUUACUUUUCCUCUCUUCUGCCUUCAACUUAUAUGGGCAGUGUACUCGUUAUGAACAGAUUCAGCAUGGAUCUUGAGGCACUGUGCUCCCCUGAUACAAGCAUAGGCCGCAUCGCCUGGCUACUCCGCCAGUCCAACGCGCGAAUCACCCCCUCUCUUAUCCACGAUGCUUUUACCAUCCUGCAAAAUCUCCCCGACCAUGGCAGGUUCUCAACAGCCAACAUGGGCCUUGAGCACAUGAACUCUAUGAUCUCCAACAUGCUGCUGUUCCAGAUGAGCGAGAUAUCUUUCGGCGACAAGUUCUUUGCAAACGGUGGUUCGCCAGAGUCAAUGCGUCCACAAGUUGAACGAGGCAACGGACGGUUCCGAUUCCUAAUUAUUUUGCCUAUGAGGAAGGAUGGAGGAGUGGAACUUAUGCUGGGGACGCACCCUGAGGAGUUGGCGAUGCUUGCGAAGGAUGAAGAGUUUAUGAAAUAUGCUGAGUUGAUGGGUACAGAGGCUUGA